AUGCUUUCCAGUCUAUUACUCGGUCUCCCGCUUCUAGCCGCUCUUGCUGGUGUCGCCAAUGGCAAGCAAAUGACCAAAGCAGAGCUCCACGCCCGACAGCAGGCAGCCGCUCAGCGUUUCCAACGCGCCGCUCCGGUCUCCGACGCAAAAACAAGUGGAGCUCGAGUGAAAAACAUCACCUUCUCCAAUCCCAAGGCGUCGCAAUUCUUCGUCGACGGAAAGAGCAUUCCAGAGGUCGACUUUGACGUUGGUCCCAGUUGGUCGGGCCUAAUACCUAUCAGCGCCGCAGCAAACGAGACGCGAAAGCUGUUCUUCUGGUUCUUCCCCCCUGGCCCCGAAGGCAGUUUAGAUGACCUGAUAUUCUGUGUCACAGGACCAAUGGCGGUCCGGGGUGCAGCUCGCUGGAGGGUUUCUUGCAGGAAAACGGAGCAAGUCUUGUUCUUCCUGUGGAUUUCUACCGCUGGUCUAAUCGAACACCAGCCAUUCCAAUGGGGCGUCGGUACAGCCAAACCCAUUCCAAAUGUCAACAGCUGGACAAAUUUAUCAAGUAUGAUCUGGAUCGAGCAACCAGUGGGCACUGGAUUCUCCCAGGGAACUCCGAAUAUUCGUAAUGAAGAUGACCUUGCGGCGCAGCUUGUCGGGUUCAUGGGCCAAUUCUUGGAAAUAUUCUCCGAGCUCAAGGGCAAGAAGUUGUGGAUUAGCGGCGAAAGUUUCUUAGUACGCCGGGAUGUAUGUUCCAUGGAAGUGAAGCUGUUUGCUCCGCGUUUGCCAGCUCACCGACACACAGACAUCGCCAACUUCAUCUACGAAAAUCCAACGUUGCUUGACCUGAACCUACAAGGCAUCUGGAUUGCCGACCCCGUUCUCGGCUGGGACGUCGUCCAGGACCAAAUUCCCGUCGUCGAUUUUGUGCACAAAUACGAGCACGUAUUCUCGUUCAACCAGAGUUUCAUGGCUCAACUCGAUGCCGUUGCGGCCCGCUGCAAUUAUGCUGGUUAUAUGGAUAAAUUUGUCACCUUCCCGCCGAAGGGUUUGCUCCCAUUGCCAGGCAAAUCGACCUCAGCCGAUCGCGGAUGUGAUGUUUGGGAUAUGGUCUUCGAUGCCGCGGUGACAAAGAACCCUGCGUUCAAUAUCUACCGCAUUUUCGAUACGGCAAGAAAUCCUCUUGGAGAUUUCCUCAACUUACCUUGCAUCCAGUUCCCUGUUCUCUGGGAUGUGCUUGGCUUCCCAGGCUCAUUUGAAGACGUCCAAUUGUCUCCGCUUUACUUCGACCGCGCUGAUGUCAAGGCUGCGAUUCAUGCCCCCGCCAAUGUGGACUGGACUGAAUGCUCCAACGUCAGAGUGUUCCCUCGCGGAGAUGCCUCUGCGCCAUCUGCCUUCACUGUCCUCCCUAACGUUAUCGAGAAGAGUGUCCGCAGUGUGAUUAAUCACGGACUGGCCGACUUCAUUUUGAUUGCUGACGGAACGCGUAUCGUCAUCCAAAACAUGACAUGGAACGGCAUGCAGGGCUUCCAGACCCCGAUUGCCAACGACAGUUUCAUCGUCGACGGCGUUGGCUCGCUGGGAACGUCGCACACUGAACGCGGGCUGACCUUCAUCGAGGUCGAGCUGAGUGGACAUAUGAUUCCGCAGUUUUCGCCGCUGGCUGCUUUCCAGAGUAUGGCGUUCUUGAUGGGCUUCCGCCCUUCUCCUUGA